GAGGCAACCCUUCACCAGCAAGUGGUUGUGAAGUUCAUAUUACGGCUUCUCCGUUUUUUAUUUGUAGCAUAUCCUGGUUAUUCAUGCCCUUUAGAGUAUUCACUGUCUGCAAAGACAUCAGUAUCUUAAUACACAAACCAACCAGGAAGAAUCUUCAAAUAUAUCUAUCUGAGCUGUGAUUUCAAAGUCAAGCACUCACUCUCGGCUGGCCAGAAUGGACCUACAUGGAGCAGUACACUUAUAGGUAGUGAGCUAAGGUUCAUUGAGCCAUACACUCUGAACGAGCCGGAGUCUAUAAACUAAUCUCUAAAUCAGGGGCUAUACUGCAGGAUAUUAUGUUAUCAUGGGCCAGUAGUCGCCUAUACUUUGCCCACAAUCAAGGAGAGCUCGCUCAGUGGAAGUAAAGUUUACAAGCAGGAAGUAGAUCUUUCGCGUGUAUAUUUGAAGUGCAGAGGAGCUGCUAUAGUGCUUGUGAAAGUGUACCAUAUAUUUUGAGGUGAUUUGAUUAAUAUUAAUGGACUAGUCUGGAUAUUUGCAUAUUUUCUCUGUUGUUGACACAGAAUUCCUGCUCCAGUGACAAUAUUAAAUAGAAGGUUGAAAAGUGAAUACCGAGGGACAGACAGGAACGGCAGGUCAUCACUCACAGAAUGACAGUGAUGAGUUGAUUACAAACUUGGGAUUUAAUUAUUACAGGAAUACUUUCAUCAUCACCAGGAAGCCAAAGGGACCAACAUGGCCUAUCACUGGCAGAGUCAGGGUCGCAAGACCAGCGGGGUGGAGGAUAUGGUUCUCCUCAGCAAGAUUCAAGAGGGUGCCAUUGUAGAAAAUCUAAAGAAACGUUUCAUGGACGACCUGAUCUAUACAUACAUCGGUCCUGUACUGAUAUCAGUCAAUCCAUUCAAGCAGAUGCCUUACUUUACAGAAAAGGAGAUUGAUAUGUAUCAAGGAGCUGCUAUAUACGAGAAUCCCCCUCACGUCUAUGCUCUUACAGAUGAUAUGUACAGAAACAUGUUGAUAGAAUACGAGAACCAAUGUGUAAUUAUCAGUGGAGAGAGUGGAGCAGGAAAGACUGUGGCAGCCAAGUAUAUCAUGGCAUACAUCGCCAAGGUAUCCGGGGGCGGAGCUACCGUUCAGCACGUCAAAGAUAUAAUUAUCCAAUCAAAUCCACUGUUAGAAGCCUUUGGUAACGCAAAAACAGUGAGGAACAACAACUCAAGUAGAUUUGGAAAGUAUGUAGAGAUCCAGUUCACAAGAGCCGGAGCUCCUGAUGGCGGAAGGAUAUCCAACUUCUUGUUGGAGAAGUCCAGAGUGGUCGGUCAAAACACCGAUGAAAGAAACUUCCACAUCUUCUACCAGCUACUGAACGGUGCUAAUCCCCAACAAAAAGAGGGACUUGGUCUGACCACACCAGAUUAUUACUACUACUUGAACCAGAGUGGGGAAUAUAAAGUGGAUGGACUGGAUGAUGUUAAGGAAUACCAUGAUACACUGAAUGCCAUGUCUGUGAUUGGAAUCUCGGAAGAUAAUCAAGAGAAUGUCCUCUCCUGUGUAGCUGGUAUCCUUCACCUUGGCAACAUUGUCUUUAUAGAGAAGGAUAACUAUGCCGUCAUUCACGAUGAUGAGUUUCUGGACUUCCCGUCCUACCUGCUUGGCCUGGACAAGGAAGCUUUACGUCAGAAGCUGAUAAGCCGUCGCAUGGACAGUAAAUGGGGCGGCAAGGCCGAGUCCAUUGAGGUCACACUAAACACAGAGCAAGCAGCUCACACCAGGGAUGCUCUGGCUAAAGCCAUCCAUUCAAGACUCUUUGACUAUCUUGUCAAAUCAAUAAAUAUUGCUAUGCAGAAGAACAAGGAAGAGAUCACGAUAGGAGUUCUGGACAUCUACGGCUUUGAGAUCUUCCAACAGAAUGGCUUCGAACAGUUCUGCAUCAACUUUGUGAACGAGAAGCUUCAACAGAUCUUCAUAGAGCUCACACUCAAAGCUGAGCAGGAAGAGUAUGUCUCAGAAGGUAUUAAGUGGAAGCAGAUAGAUUACUUCAACAACAAGAUCGUAUGCGAUCUCAUCGAGAGUAAGGUACCACCUGGCAUCAUGUGCAUCCUGGAUGACGUCUGUGCGACCAUGCAUGCAGUGAGCGAGGGCGCUGAUGAGAAGCUAUUACAGAAGAUGAACAGCGCGGUUGGAACGCAUCAGCAUUACCAGGUCUUGAGUGGAGGAUUCGUCGUACAUCAUUACGCAGGGCAGGUACGAUAUAUAGUAGAGGGAUUCUGCGAAAAGAAUCGAGAUGUACUUUUUACAGAUCUUAUUGAACUCAUGCAGUCCAGUGAGAACGCAUUCUUCAUGGAGCUAUUCCCAGAGAAGGUAGCGGGCCAAGCCAAGUCAAGACCAUCAACAGCUAGCAGCAAAAUCAAAACUCAGGCAAACAAGCUUGUUGAUAAGCUCAUGAAAUGUACCCCUCAUUACAUCCGCUGUAUCAAACCAAAUGAGACAAAGAGACCGCAUGAUUGGGAAGAAAAAAGGGUGCACCAUCAAGUUGAAUAUCUGGGACUGAAGGAGAACAUCAGGGUCAGGCGAGCUGGUUUCGCUUACAGGAGAGAAUUUGAUAAGUUUCUCAGGAGAUAUGCCAUCUUGACAAAGGAGACGUGGCCAAGAUGGAGCGGUGAUGUCAGGGCUGGGGUCACUCAUCUACUACGUUCAGUUAACAUGGACGAUGAUGAGUACCAACUAGGAAGGAACAAGGUCUUCAUCAGGAAACCGGAAUCCCUCUUUCUACUGGAGGAACAGAGAGAGAGGAAGUUUGACUUUCAUGCUCGCAUCAUUCAGAAAGCAUUCAGACAAUUCAAUGCACACAAGUACUAUCUUAGACUCAAACAGCAAGCUAGUGACAUCCUGUUCAACAAGAAGGAGAGAAGGCGUUACAGUCUGAAUCGUAACUUUGUUGGGGACUACAUUGGCUUUGAGCAUAACGUAACCCUACAGGCCAUGGUAGCCAGGAGAGAGAGGAUAGAGUUUGCUGACAAGGUCAACAAAUAUGACAGGAGGUUCAAGGUUACGAAGCGAGACCUUCUCCUAUCGGGCAGGAACAUCUAUCUCAUUGGUCGGGAGCAGAUCAAAAAAGGUCCAGAGAAAGGUCAAAUCCGGGACGUCGUUAAACGGAAGAUUCCUCUUAACCAUAUACACAGUGUAUCUCUCAGUACUCUUCAAGAUGACCUGUUUGUUCUCCAUGUAACAGAGGAAUAUGACAGCCUUCUGGAGUCUGUCUUCAAGACUGAAUUCCUGACGGUACUCGACAAGAAGUUCCAAGAAACUCUUCAGCAGAAGCUUAUUGUCAACUUCAAUGACUCGUGAGUAAAGGAUACAAACCUAUUUUAUGUAAUGAGGAUGUUCGUCCUUUGCUUCCAAAGACAACCACAACUUCACAAAUUCUUGUACAUGUAGGUUCGAAGAUGGCUGAAGAAAGCAAAAGCCGGCAGUGGGGCAGGCUCAGUGAUGGUGCUUGCUCUGCUUUUUUAUGCUGGCAUUCUUGUUCUUGCUUGUCCACCUGUUGACUCAUAGUCUGACACACCAGCCCUAACCAUGGUGCGCCAGGCAGAACGGUCCUCAGCUGAUUCCUCCCAGGUUUCAGGGUCGAUGCUACAGCAUCUCAAGGAAGAUAUUUUAGUGUGUCUUUAAAGCACAUCCUCUGACCAUCAUAUGAGCACUUGCCUUCUAUCAGCUAGAAGAUCAUUGUUAAACGUGGAUUUUGUUCAAUUUAUUACAAAUCAGAAUUAUCGUUUCAAAUUGAGCUCAGUUUGAACUUGGUAACUGUUCUUGCUGAUGUUAGUAUUUUCAAAUUCACACAUGAGAAAAGAAAUGAACCAUGGAGGAAAUAAAGUUCAAUUUUUUUCUCUAAAGCCUUUGAAACAUAAAAGUAGUAAUCAGUCACAAAACUUAUUUUGCCAAUCAUCAUUUUUGCAUGUCUUUUGUUCAAAUGGCUGACAAGUGACCAAUCAGAAUUGAUGUUCCAAAUUUGAAAUUGAGCUCAGGCCCUUUUUUUGUGCGGCUCAAUUUAAGACUUUUAGGCAAAGGUUUGAAUUCAAUAUCUGGGCACUCAUUUUCACAUGAAACAGAUAUUUCCAUAGUAAAAAGAAAGCUAAUUUAGAUGAUUUUCAUGCCUUCUGAUCCAUUCUUUGUUGCAUCCUUUUAUUGCAUAUUCCUCUAAUAUUUUUCUCUUUACAGUAAAUCUAAAGUUACAUUUAAGGAAAUUCAUUCCAAAAUGAGUGACAUUUUACAGCUCCUAUUUUGCCAGGAGGAUUACCUUUUAAUUCCUAACAAGUUACUAGCAAGCUUCAUACUUGCAAGAUCAAGUAACAAUAGAAUGAUUUUUAUUGUUGAACCCUAUAAACUGGAUAUGAGCAAAGCUUGUUUUUAUUGUUUUCCUGAACAGAAGUGAUGUCUGCUUGUAGACUGGAAUAUACAUGUAUGUCCAUUUCUUGCAUUAGUCUUGUUUUAUAAUGCAGGAAGGUGUUAAUAACUGAGCUAAUUGGCCUGCUGUCAAGACCUGGAUCCCUUUGCAGAAAAGUUACCAUUUUGGUUACUUCGCCAUCCAGUUGUAACUUGGAAUCCUUGAUUCUGAUUGGCUGUUGAACAGCAUUUCCAUGGUAUUUACCAUUGGAUGGCAAAGUUACCAUAAUAGUAACUUUUAUGCAACUGGGCCCUAAUGUGAAACUUACUCUUUUUAACUCGAUCCAGUUUUAUUUUUUCCAAUGAAAACCUGAAAAAGCAUUUUUUUUAAUUAGAGCACUUUUCUUGUAUUUUCAUUAAAUAAUUUGUGUAUCAAAGCAUGACAUUGGAAUAGGAAAUAAUUAUGCCAUGACUACCCAGAUCCUUGUACAUAUCUGAAAACUUGCUAGUGAAGACAGAAAAAUGAUGCAAAAGAGGGGUAGAGACAUACAGAACAGAGAGAGAGGGAGAGAGAGAGAGUGAGGAGGGAGGGAAAGAGAGAGAGGGGUGGGAAUUAGGAGACAAAACAAAGGAUGGAUUAGAUAUAUAGAAGUAAAGAGAACAUUAUUUAGACAGCAAGAAUAGAGGAUGAAGAGAUUUUAAAAGGGGGUGUUACAUGUACCACAGAAACAUUUGCAAUCAAUGACUUCAUGGUUAAUCUUGAUUUUAAUACCAAUCCUUUGCUUGAUUGGCUCCUAUGCCAGUGCCUCGAGCCUUAUCUAUAAUUCUGUGUCAGUUUUGAAUUUUGCGCGACAUACUUGUUCAGACAGAGGAAAUGCAAUGGCUGAUAUUUGUGAAUCCUGAGCAAUCUCUUCAUCAAAUGCGUCAUCUUCAAAACUUGGAACUUUUUAAAAAUAAAUUUAGGAAACUUGCCAUAGAAAAGCAGAACCAUUUAUUUUUAGUAUUAAAAAAGGAAUUACAUUUCAAGAAAUAAUUUGGCAAACAAUUUUUCCCCCAAAGGCUGUAUAAGUGUUACUAUAACUCACUUGGAAGGAAAUCAAGUCAGAUUUUAGAUUUAUCAAGCUAUUUUUGUGAUUGUGGAAAUAUGCAAUUCUUAGGAAUCACUGGAGGGCCUCCUUUUUCUGACUCACUGAGGUUGCCAUAACAACAAAAAGUAAACAAAUUAAAGUAUUGAAAUGAUAUAGCAAAAAUAUUGUUUGCAUUCAGGUUUUUGUACUUUCCACAUUUUCAAGGGAAAUCUUGCUUACAUCAUGUUCAAAAGAUUAUGUUUGUUGGAUGGAGGUUCAUAUGGAUAUUGACAUUGCUGUGGACUCCUUCAAUAUUUUCUUGACUUUAAGAAAUAGUCACUCUUUGCAUGAUGACCCCAAUUAAAGCCCAAAACAGCAACAAAGAGCAUUUAAUUGAAUUUUUUUUCUCCAAAAGUAUCUGUGCUUGAUAGCACAUACCAAAUCAAUAACUUUCACAUGCCAGCAGGAAAUACCCUGCAGGGGUCUAUAGCUUUAGUUGCAAAAUUGUGCAAAUUUCAGUAAAUGGACUGAAACUCAGUGGAUAAGUCUCUGGACUUUGAACCACAAGGUCAGGUGUUCAAAUCUCACCGCAGCACUCGCGUCCAUUGGCAAGGCAUUUAUCUACAAGUUCCACUCUGCAUCCAGGUGUAGUAAAUGGGUACCAGGUGGGAAGGAAUUCCUUGAAUGCUCGAGCAUCCAAUUAGGGUUGCUGUACUAAAGCUGGGUUAAUAGUAUGCAGCGCUUAGAAACAUUUGUAUUAAUGCACUAUAUUAAUUUUGCAAAUUAUUAUUAUUAUCAAAUCAUGACAGAAAUACCAGAUGAUACAUUUAUCUUUAAAUUGAAAGCUGAUAAUUUGAUCCUUUACUUAGUUUAGUGCAGUGAUCUUAAUAAGCUGCCAGUGCUUCCCAUAAACUGGGCCUGAUUCAUAAAACUUAUUAUAAAAUUAUGACAAAUUUGCAGUAACAGUUUAAAGCUGCCAUUAUCUAUCAAUUUUACUGGCUGAUAGUGAAUUUCUUAUAGAAAUUGUGUGUAAUUUGUUAAACAAGUCUUGUCAAGUCAAGUAUGAAAUGGAACACUGUGAUGUGUCCUGCUUAUUUGACUAAAAGCUUGCUUUUACAAAUUCCAUCUUCGUAAUUUUCAUUUCUCAUUAUCGCUUCCUCCUCUGACUCUGGCAAGCAUUGUGCCAAGAAUGGCAAUGAACCAGGCUAGAUUAAAUGUGACAUAGAUAUCCAUUUCCUAAUUACAUUUUCCUACUCUUAAUUGCAUUUGAAAAUGAAACGAUUUCAUGAUCCAUUUUGAAUGCAGCUCACACUUAAUCUAUGAAAAUAGUCUUUAAUUACACAUUCCUUCCUUCAGGGCAAAAAACGAUAGGUCUACUCUCUUUAGAAGCGUUCACACAGCAAUUGGUAAGCUUAAAUUUGAGGUGUUUCUUUAUUAAUUAAAGUCUUAAUACAUUGGAAAAGGACCCAUAAAUGAAGUUAGAAAAGUAUGAUGUGAUGUAAUCUUAUCCGUGGGCAAAGGUGAGUGAGUAUAAGCAUGUUUCUUGAAAGAAAGUUAUUUUGUUUUGAUCACCCACUUUGUAGAUCAGACUUUUGGUCCUUUACCUGCACUACUUGAAUUUGUCCCAUUUUAUAUUUUGUCAAUGCUGAGAAUGAUUAUCUUCUUAUUGCAUUGCAAUUUACCAUGUAGAUAAUAAUU